AUGUUCACCUCACCUUCCUCCAAAUUACUGUUGAGAGUUCAGCCACUGCACCCGACGGAGCCAAUGUCUAACUCACUCACCCUCUCGCUGUUUCCCGCCACCACGUCCUCCUUCCUUCAGCGUCACCCCUACGCCGUUAAACCUCUAACUAUUCGCUCCGUCACUCGCCGUUUAAAACCCGCAAUCGUCAGAGCAGGUGACCGAUCACAACAGAUGGGUGGCAAUGGAAGUAAAGGGAGGGAGGGAUUGAGUUGGGUGCAACCCAUUUUGAAAUUUGCAAGGAGCAACAUUCUACCUUUGGCUCUGGUCGGUGCAGUGACAUUAGGAUUAACAUAUCCUAGUCUUGGUUGUGCUGCUGAUAAAUAUAAUGUGUCAAAAAUUGGUCCAUUUGGAAUUUUUGUUAUCUCAGGAUUGAUGUUGCGUAGUGAAGAAAUCGGUGCAGCUGUAGAAGCAUGGCCUGUUGGACUCUUUGGGCUUGUGUCUAUUUUAUUUCUUACACCAUACUUUUCCAGGAUAAUAUUGCAAAUUCAGCUCCAACCCCAGGAAUUUAUUACAGGGCUGGCUAUAUUUAGCUGUAUGCCAACUACAUUAUCAAGUGGUGUUGCACUAACCCAGCUUGCUGGGGGAAAUUCUGCGCUUGCUCUUGCAAUGACAGUAAUAUCUAACUUGUUAGGAAUAAUGAUUAUUCCACUUUCCAUCACAAAAUUUGUAGCUGCUGGAGUUGGAGUAAAUCUACCUAUCAAACAGCUAUUUAAAAGUCUUGUUCUGACAAUAUUAAUUCCCCUUAUCUUGGGAAAGGUUCUACGUGAAUCUUUUAAAGGUGUGGCUGACUUUGUUGACAAAAACCGCAAGCUUUUCUCAGUGAUCAGUGCACUUUUCCUUAGCCUUUUAUCCCACCACACAAAUAAGCUAUGGUAUUACAAGCAGAUUAUAGUAAAACAAAAUAUUGUCAUACAGCUAUUGGACUGGGAACGUAUACUUCUUCAUCUGUCUUUAUUGGUAUUCAAUGUCAUUGCUGUUCGGAGUCUUUCAGUUAUCUCUGGUGGUAGAAAAUCAAUUUUUUCUCGACAAGAAAAUGCCAGUGCACUCGUACUUGUUGCAAGCCAGAAAACAUUACCAGUAAUGGUGGCAGUGAUAGAGCCACUUCAAGGUGCAUUUGGAGAAUCCGGGUUACUGGUUCUUCCUUGUGUUGCAGCACACCUGAACCAGAUUAUUGUUGACUCUUUAAUCGUUAACUUCUUGCGUUCCCAAGACAAUUCCAACAAUGUCAAGGUGGCUUAA